AUGGAUAAGGACAGUGUAAGACGCAUCAUCCAGGGUGUGGAGAAAAAACUCGAACAGCUCUCCGAGAUCUUGGAGGAUCACGAAGAGCGUUGUGAGAGAGAUCCAGAUGUAACCUUUGACCCGCGCCCCUGCCUGUCUCUGAUUGAAAAGCUACGCAACGACCUUGAAGAAGAUGGCGACACUGCAGCUGAAAAUGCAUCAGAGAUGAUUCACCAAAUCAGCGACAGAGUCAUCAAAGAUACAGUCGAUCGCCUGCCCGAUGCAAUGCGCUCUAACGCACCUCCCUUUCAACUCGCGAAAAACAUGGCCGAUCAAUUCUUUGAAGGUCCCGAAGGCGAUCAAAGACGCAGAAGCAUCGAACGCAAACUGAAGGAAAAGUUUGGUUGGGAAAAUCUCCAUGAUUCCAAUCAUUUUGGAGGUGCUUUCGGUCAUUUCAUGUACGAAAGUUUGUUCAAGGAUGCCCUGAUGCACUAUGAGGCCGAAGUUAAGCAGGCGGCCCGUGAACAUGCAGCUGAUGCUCUUAAAGCAAUGGUUGCCACGAUGACGCUCACAUAG